AUACAACUUUUAGAAAGGAUUUUUAAAUAUCAGGACUUCCUAAACAACCUGAGGUGCAAACACAGGAAGGUUUGGAUAAAUCAAUAUUAGUGUACAAAGAGUACUCGCCCUGUUGGAACACAAGCUGCGGUCGUACACUAAACUUUCUGGUCAUCGUUGGAUAGCUGGACGUUACAGUGAGGAGGACUCCUUCAGAACUUUUCCUUCAGUCACUUCAAGUUCUGACUUUUAUUUGAAAUACCUGGAUGGAACAUGACUCCAUUUGGGCCGACGUGUUUUGUUUUGGUCGUUUACCUCUCAGCUGUGAGCAGCAGACCCACAGGUGUCCACCUGCGUAACAUGGAGAGCUUCAUAGAAGCUGUCCAGGAGGUGGAGGCCUCCUCUCCUGGUCUGUCGCCGCUGGAUCUGCUCAGAGCUUUGCGGAAAACCGCCGGUCAUGAUGACAUGAUGACCACCCACUUCCUGGGAGAGUCGUACAACAUCAGCGGCUCCGAGGUUCUGGAGAGAGCCAUCCUGAACGCGUCGUCCUUCAGCUUUUUUGAUAAAGCCAUCCACCACAUCGUGACUGACCGUGGAGAGGAGCGGGGCGUGGUCCUGGCGCCGGAUGGCACCACGGUGGCACUGGCUCCCUUGUUGCUGGGGAUUGAGUUGGGCCUGAAGGCGAAGCUGGAGGGCAGCUCACCUGUGGGGAUCUUCCCCGUCACUCUGGGCAGGAGGUUGGGCCUGACGUUCCUGAGCUUACAGGACUUCCCCGCGUCUGUUCGAUUGGGGCCCAACGGUUGCUGGGAUGACGUGGAGCGCCCCAAAGUGUACAAGCUGUCCCGGCACGCGACGCUGGCCACAGACGCGAUCAUCAACGGGGGCAUGGACGGACUGAUCCUGGGCAUGGAGCUGAGCCGCCCGGCAGCACCUGAACCGUCACCGGCGCUGAGUGACAUCCUGAGGGGGUUCUACAUGUUUACCCUGCAGGAAGAGGGUCUGGACGCUGCGGCUGACCACAUCAGCCCAAAGAGAAGAGAGCUUUCUAAAUCCCUGCUGGAGUCGACUGACCUCCACAGCGCCGUGAUGGAGACGCUGGCUCUGGUCUGGAAGCUGGAGAAGACAGAAUGGAUCGCUCUGGACACCGGAGUGGGGAAGGCCGUGAAGGACGGUCUGCAGGAGUUUGUGCACAAGUACUGGGAAUGCCCUCAGAUCAUCCCUCGCUGUCAGUGGGGAGCCAAACCACAGCGGGGGACGCCGGUCCCACUUUCCCUCCCCCUCCAGUAUCUUUACGUCCACCACACCUACCUGCCCUCAUCGCCCUGUUUGUCCUUUCCAAACUGCUCACGGAACAUGAGGUCCAUGCAGCGUUUUCACCAGGAGGACCGAGGAUGGGAAGACAUCGGAUACAG